AGCGUGAAGCCCGGCUGUUAAUGAGCGGAGGACGGAGCUCUAUUUCCGCACGGGACCUCGCCGUUAACAGUGUGCGCUCUUACCGGCUGUCAGUUUACCGCCAACAUCUUUACUCGGAAGAAGCACCGGAACACGCCGAACAGCCGGUGACCGCAACUAAGUCGGUUUUUGCUCGCGUUGAACACGAAGCGUGAAGGAGGAAGAAGAGGAGGGCGACGGAAGUUUUGUUUGUUUUCCCGGGGGAGUUCAGGACGCCCGGGGACUGCCUGCCUGGAAUGGUUGAGCCCAGCCCUCCAGCGCUACACCUCCUCUCCAGCGUGGAUGCCAGCAUGACAUGUGUAGGUGUCAAAGUAGAGCAGGAGGAGAUCACUCUAAGAGCAGGACUCUGCGCAAACACUGGAUCUACUCUCAAGAUGUCUCCCUCUCACGACUGGACAGGGAAUCAACAGCUGGUUGCUCGUCAACUUACGCCGCCACUCUCCUGCUCACCUUUGGAAUGCUCUUUAGGUAAGGACUUGCUGCGCAUUCAAAGCCCAGGAAUGCUCAAGGAAACCAAGAUCCAGGAUCCUUCCAAAGUAAUGGCCAAUUCUAAGGAAGGAACACCAGAGUCUCUGGCAGAGAAGGAACUCCAGCUACUAAUGAUGAUCAACCAGCUGAGCGGACUGAGGGAGCAGCUGCUGGGUGCCCAUUCCGAACAGAGGAACAUGGCCGCCCUGCUGCUGGAGAAACAGCAGCAGCAGAUGGAGCUGGCCAGGCAGCAGCAAGAACAGAUUGCCAAACAGCAGCAGCAGCUGAUCCAGCAGCAGCACAAGAUCAACCUUCUUCAGCAGCAGAUUCAGCAGGUAAACAUGCCCUACGUGAUGAUUCCAGCGUUCCACCCCAACGCCCAGUCACUUGCAGUCCCCUCUGACCCACCGAUGGGUUUGCCACUUCAACCUAUCCCAUGCAAACCAGCUGUGGACUAUCCCAUGCUGCUCCUGCCCAGCCCCUCCAAGAGUACCUGUGGUUCUAUCCGACAGGAAGCCGGUCAGCCCUUGAACCUGACAUCCAAGCCCAAAGGGAUGGAGAUGAGAAAAGCACCGAGUCCACAGUGUCUGGAACUGGCAUCCUUGACCAUGAAUGGCUCCUACAGACACAGGGAUCGGCUAAGGGACUCAUCCGAUAGCCCGCCGCGAUCUGCCCUCAAUUUCCACAGGAAUGGCGAUGUGGUCACACAGGCCAUCCAUGAUGCCCAGCAGCUGCUGAGAAGCCACAACACCGGUGUCCAAGAGAGGGGCAGAGACCGAGAAACAGAUAGGGAACAAAACAGAACAUUGGAGAACAAAUAUCCUUCAUGUGGUGAGAGGCGUCUUCACUCGGAGCCGGCUGACGACAGACACGCCGUGGCGUCCACUGAUGACCACCUCAGCAGUGACUCGGAGUGUACCCUACCAGUCCAGGGCAGCUACCCGGAGGUCUGCCCGCCUCCGUCGUCGGGCCACAUCAAGAGACCCAUGAAUGCCUUUAUGGUCUGGGCCAAGGACGAGCGCAGAAGGAUCCUGCAGGCUUUCCCAGACAUGCACAACUCCUCCAUCAGCAAGAUCCUGGGCUCCAGGUGGAAGUCCAUGUCCAACCAGGAGAAGCAGCCUUACUAUGAAGAACAGGCCAGGCUGAGCAGGCAGCAUCUGGAGCGCUACCCGGACUACAAGUACAAACCUCGGCCUAAACGCACCUGUAUCGUGGAGGGACGCAGGCUGAGGGUGGGAGAAUACAAAGCCAUGAUGAAGAGUCGACGACAGGAACAGAGGGCCACCUACACACGAAGUCCCACAGAAGCGGCGCCCCUCCACUACUCUCACAGCGACGCCUUGUACUCGGGUGGCGGCGGCGCUUCGGUCUCCGUGGCGGCCAUGUCCUUCCACUCCUCCCUGAUGGAGCAUUACCUGCCGCAGGCCCCACCCACGUCGCACGGAGGGGAGAGCCGGGCCACGCCCACCUCUCUGCCCAGGGCACGGCAGACGGCGAGCGAGCGGGACCAGGCGCCGUACAGCGAAGGGGAGGAGAGCGACGGCGGGGAAAGAAGCGAGGGAGAACUGGUGCUCCUGACGGACUGAGAGGAAAAGACCCCCUGACGGGAAACCAAGAAACGGCGGCGGAGCGGUCGACUCCCAAUCUAAAGGUUGUAGGUUCGAUCCCCAGCCCCCUCCCUGUGACUACAUGUCAACUUGCAGCUGCUCCUCAUAUUUAAAACUCACUUCCUGUCGGUUUAUGUCAAAGUCAGGAAGGAAAAAGAUCAUUUGUCACCUCACAGAGGAAGCAAAGGGAAAUACAACCACAAUGGACUCUCAUCAUAUUACCGUGCUGCCCCCUGCUGGUCGAGUCAGGUUAUUGCAACCAGUGGUUUUUUUUGCCACCAAAUCACAUCACAGAAAUCACUUGGCUGUCCAAGUCCCACCACAAUGACCAACAUUAACAUACAGUAGCGUACUAGGACUAAGUAUUCAUUAAAAACACCACAGAGGGUUUUAUUUAACAAAUAUAGGAAGAUAAAACACUGUACUUUAAUCAAGGGAUUUAUUGGAGCGUUUGAGUGUCAUGAAAAUGGAUGAAAUCCAGACCCAAAAUUUUAAAAUGCGCAGUUUUUAACUGAAAAUAAAAAAGGUUUUUAAUCAUG